UUCGCUUCAUGGGAGUCGUAGUUUUCCCAUUUAUUUUCUCCCCAAGAAGUGGCUGCGAGUUACAGAUCGGUAGCAAUUGGCACAGGUCACCUUAUAGUUUCUUAUGUAAGAGAGAGGUGUAGAGCGAGGCUGCGAUGCGGCCUCUCUUGGGUCUCUUUAAGGAACACCCGCAUACCCUUCCAAUUCAGAACCCCCGGGAGCCCGGUUGCCUGGUUGCAGCAGAGGCCCGGGGUCAUAGUUUUGUUGGAAGUGGAGCUUGGGGGAACAGGAGGGAGGGGAUCAGGGCAGGUCCCUUCCCUCUGAGUCCUCUUUCUUCCCCUGCUUACUUCCCAGAGACCCAUAGAUUAGGUCCUCAACUUCCAAAGAGAGGGUUAGGUAUGUUUAGAAAUUGGCCAGAGAGGCAAAGCACUGAGUCGUGAAUGUGGAAAGCCUCUCCAGGCAUGAGAGGAGGAGAAGGAGUCUCCAGGACUCCAGGCAGAACGUCGCAGGAGAAUGACACAUGGAAAAAAGAGGCUCUAGGGGAUGAGCUCGUCACCAUGAGGCUGCAGAAGUUGGAACAGCAGCGGCGGCUGUUUGAGAAGAAGCAGCGAAGGAAGCGCCAAGAGCCCCUCAUGGUUCAGGCCAAUUCUGACACUUCCCUGCGGCACAGGCGACUGCAGAGGCGAGAGGAACGCCUCUCGGGUGGCUGCGGCCUCGGGAAACCUUUCCUCCAGGAGAACGUGCCCGAGACACAUGUGCGCUCUGGUGCCCGCAGUGACCUGAGCACAGUGAGCUGCAGUGGAGAUGGCAGCCACGAGCGCGGUCCCAUGGCGUCGCCGACAGAAGCAGGGACCAGUACAGAAGACGAGAGCGAAUCUCAGGAUGUUGGAGAUGAAUAUGAGGCACCCAGUCCAGAACCAAAUCCUAGAGUGGAUGGUUACGGGGGAUGUGGAGACUUGGCCUCCAGCAAGGGCGAAGACCUGGAAGAGGAGAAAGGGGAGUCGGAGUCUACAGUGAGGAACUUCGCAGGAGCGGCCGACGAGGAGGCGUCCGAGGCCCCAGGAAGCAAGGGCGACGUGGGCAGCAGCGAUGUGGGGAGCUCGCCCCGCUCGCCUCCCUGCGCCCCAGGCCCUCGGCUGGGCGAGGACAUGGAAGCGUAUGUGCUGCGGCCAGCGCUGCGUGGCCGCACGGUGCAGUGUCGCAUCAGCCGCGACAAGCGUGGCGUAGACAAGGGCAUGUUCCCUCUCUACUAUCUCCACCUGGAGGCGGCGGACGGCUGGAAGCACUUCCUUCUGGCUGGGCGCAAAAGAAAAAGGAGCAAAACCUCUAAUUACCUCAUCUCCCUUGACCCCACAGACCUGUCUCGGGAUGGGGCCAACUUUGUGGGCAAAGUCAGGUCUAAUGUCUUGGGUACCAAGUUCACUAUCUUCGACAAUGGGGUGAAUCCCGAAAGGAAGAAUUUCGUCUCGAAAACUGCUCGGAUCAGGGAGGAGCUGGGGGCUGUGUGUUAUGAGACCAACGUCUUGGGAUUCCGAGGGCCCCGGAAAAUGACUGUGAUCAUUCCAGGAAUCGACGCCCAGAACCAGAGAAUCAGCGUCCAGCCACAAAAUGAACAGGAGUCGUUACUGAGUCGCCUCCAACGGGGCGCCAGCCAGGGGCUAGUCAUGCUGCAAAACAAGGCUCCAUCGUGGAGCGACGAGAGUGGCGCCUACGUGCUCGAUUUUCAUGGUCGAGUCACUCGGGCCUCGGUCAAAAACUUCCAGAUCGUGCAUCCGGAUGACCCGAACUACCUGGUGCUCCAGUUUGGCCGCGUGGACCCAGACACGUUCACCAUGGACUUCCGCUUCCCCCUUUGCCCGCUCCAAGCCUUCGCCAUCUGUUUGUCCAGUUUCGAUGGGAAGCUGGCAUGUGAGUAAUCCAAUGAAGUAUCAUACUUUCAUCAGCUUCUGUGCCUGCUGCUUUGGAGAAGGGGCCCCAGCGCGCCGCCUGUUGCACCACCUUACUAGUGACCAACACUUGUUAGAACGCCCCCUGGGUGCCCAGUCCUGUGCUCUAGGGAUGAGGCUGUUCAGCAGUAUCUGCUCUUGUGGGACUGAGAGUGGGUUGUGGCAGAUGGGUCUUCAACAACAAAAAAUCAAAAUGCUCAUCUGCUGUGAAGGAGAAAAGCACGUGGAGGCACAAGUCGGCUGGGUCAGAGCAAGGCAUCUCUAAAGAAGGGAUUUUCAUACAUCUGAAGAAUCACCAGGAACUAGCUGAGCCAGAGGGGUGAGGGAUGGCAACAUGAGGCAGUAGGCACAGCUCAUACCAAGGUCUUAAGGUGGAAGGGGGCUUGGUCUGUUUGGGAAAAUGAAAGGAGGAUAGUGUAGGCGGAGACUGGGGAACCCACGGAGGGGGCAGGGGAUGAGGCUGGGCACGGCGCAGGACAUUUGGGCCCCUCUUGUUUGAACUGCUGGACAGAUCUUAUGAGCUCAGAGAAGAGUUCUAAGCUGGAGGCGUAAACUUGGAUGGGUAAUUGAAGACACGCACGGGUGAGAGAGAAUAAUUCCAACACUAGCUAAUGCUUACAGAACAUGUUAUUUGACAAGCAUUGUUUUAAAUGUGAACUCCGUUGGGGCCUUACCAUCCCAUAGGGUACAUGCAAUUGUUAGCCACACUUUACAGAUAAGAAAAUGGAGUCUGUGGACACAGGGCUUAUAAAUGUGAAAUCAGGCAGCUGAAAACCUUGAGAAACUCACCAUGUCAAGGCCAGUAGGAGGAUGAGUCUUUAUAUUCCAGGGAGGCACAGAAAACUGGGGGUUAACCCUUUGUUAGGGAUCAAUGAGUCUAGCUCUCAGCCCCUUUGGGAAGAUAAUUGUCCCAAGUUUAAUAAAAUUUAGGUGGAAGCCAAAGAAAAACUAAAAAACCCACCAGACCUUAGUUCAAAAGCUUCAGGACGAGAAGAGACAAAUUCGAGGGAUGAUGGGAAAUGUAGUUUAUCCUACCUUUGAGGCACUGCCUUCUAAAUUUUUAUUUAUUUCUUUUUCCCCCAAAGCGCCAGUAGAUAGUUGUAUGUCAUAGCUACACAUCCUUCUAGUUGCUGUAUGUGGGACGCGGCCUCAGCAUGGCCGGAGAAGCAGUGCGUCGGUGCGCGCCCGGGAUCCGAACCCAGGCCACCAGUAGCGGAGUGUGUGCACUUACUGCUAAGCCAUGGGGCCGGCCCUGAGGCACUGCCUUUAUGCUAUUCCCCCC